AUGACUGCAAGGAUGAAUUUCUACAGUUUCUUCGUUCUGUCAUGGUUACUUUUGUUAUUGUUGCUUGAGAUCAAUAAUGCCAUGUCAGAACCUGAAGAAUACAAGACAUACGUAGUCCACAUGGACCAUUCUCAUAAACCUACUCCAUUCUCAACCCAUGAGUUAUGGCACCGGUCUACUCUUAGAUCAUUGUCAAAUCCUGUUGAUGAUGAAGAAAAGUUGCUUUACUCUUACAACCAUAUCAUUCAUGGCUUUAGUGCUAGGCUCACAUCCUCUCAACUGUCAGAAAUUGAGAAAUCUCCAGCUCAUCUGGCUACAUAUGAGGAGUCAUUUGGCAAGCUAUUCACGACACACUCCCUGGAGUUCCUUAGACUAGAACAUAAUUCUGGCUUAUGGCAUGCUGCAUCAUAUGGAGAACGUGUGAUCAGAGUUGUCUUUGAUACAGGAAUUUGGCCGGAGAGUGAGAGUUUUAAUGACAAGGGAAUGCCACAAGUACCACAGAAUUGGAAGGGAAAGUGUGAGAAUGGCACAGCCUUCAGCCCAUCAGCUUGCAACAAAAAACUCAUUGGAGCUCGAUCAUUUAGCAAAGGAAUCCAAGCUGCUGAAGGAAAUAUCUCCAAGGAAUUAGACUACGACUCACCAAGAGAUUUUGAUGGGCAUGGAACUCACACAUCAUCAACAGCUGCAGGUAAUCAUGUACUAGGAGUGAGUCACUUUGAUGCAAGAGGCACAGCGAGCCGAGUAGCACCACAUGCACAUGUCACCAUGUACAAAGUCAUGUGGGAAACAGAUUCAGGAAAUAGUACAGCAAGUGAUGUAUUAGCUGGGAUGGACCAAGCAAUUGCAGAUGGCGUUGAUAUCAUGUCAUUAUCUCUUGGUUUCGACCAGACACCUUAUUUCAACGACCUAAUUGCCAUUGGUUCUCUUUCAGCGGUUGAGAAAGGGAUUUUUGUUGUUUGUGCUGCUGGAAAUGAUGGAGCUCGUAAUUCAACACAAUGGAUCACAACUGUAGGGGCUGCCACACUUGAUCGCAGUUUCACUGCAGCAGUAACUCUAGGCAAUGGGGUUACUUUUGAAGGGACGUCAUACUUCCUGGAGAGCAUUUACAUUACUAAUACACCACUAUAUUAUGGCAAAGAUGAUGCAAAUAAAGCAAUAUGCUACAUGGAAGCUCUGGAUGCAAAGGAAAUUGCUGGAAAGGUAGUCGUAUGUGACAACAGCAGUAAGAUUGACAUUUCUAGUCAAAUGAAGGAGCUUGACAGAGUAGGUGCUUAUGCAGGAAUAUUUAUGACAGACAGAUCAACCUUAGACCCAGAAGACUACUACAUUCCUAGUCUGGUUCUGCCAACAAGUUCAGGAAUGUUCGUAAGAGAGUAUGCAAAAAAUGCAAGUAAGGCAGAGAUAAGAAGCAUGAGGUUCAUGUUCACAAGUUUGGGUACAAAACCAGCACCCCAAGUGGCUGAUUUCUCUUCGAGAGGACCAGAUCCAGUCAACCCAACUGUUCUAAAACCUGAUAUUAUCGCUCCAGGAGUUGAUGUGCUGGCAGCAGUAGCACCAAAUAGGCCUUUCACAGAAACAGGUAACUAUAAGUUGGUGACAGACUAUGCAUUAUACUCAGGCACAUCAAUGGCAGCACCCCAUGUUGCUGGUGUGGCAGCUUUGUUGAAAGCUGUUCACCCAGAAUGGAGCCCAGCAGCCAUCCGAUCAGCUAUGAUGACCACUGCAUAUAAUAUAAACAACAACGAAACUGCCUUGACAAACCAAUUUCUUGACCUUCCUGGAACGCCUCUAGAUUACGGAGCAGGCCACAUCAAGCCAAAUAAAGCCAUGGAUCCUGGACUUAUCUACGACAUUGAAUUCCAGGAUUACAUAGACUUCCUGUGCAACCUUGGCUGCAAUGACGCCCAGAUGAAAGCCGUUCUUAGAAGAAGUCAAUGGAAUUGCAGCCAAGAGAAAAUUGAACUAAACUACCCAUCCUUUAUUGCAAUAUUUAGCAAAGAUGACAGCUCUCUUAAAGUAAACAACUUUACCAGGGUUGUGACUAACGUAGGAGAUGACAAAUCCGUUUAUCAGGCAGUUGUAACAACUUCUAGUAGAACGACAAUAAAAGUAGAGCCUCCUACUCUAACAUUCACAGAGAAAUAUCGGAAACAGUUUGUUCUGAGUGUAGAGAUCGUUGGAGAAGCUCCCCAGGUGGUUUACGGUCAUGUCAAGUGGAUUGAUCAAUAUUCUCACAUAGUAUCAAGGCCCAUAGUGGUCCUCCUCAACUUCUAG